CUAAGUCCCCUGAACACAAAGAAACAAAUAGUGAGUCAAUCCAACCAUCAUAGACCGAGUUAUUGCAGUUUGAAUACUGUUAGGCUUGGUCUUGAAUGUGACCAAAAGUGAUUUUCGUAAUUUCUGAACGUACAAAUACAUAUAAACUCAGUUUUCCAUAUAAGUGUCACACAAGAAAUGAAAUGGAACAAUCACUGUGAGUUUAUCUGACUAUUACAUGCUGAACUAGUGUGGUUUGAGUAGCGUUUGGUGGCCAUUUUAGCGUUUUUCUACCUCGAACAUCCCAGUAGGAAACCAUUUAUUUGUGCUCCUAAGUCCCCUGAACACAGAAAAAAGCAGUGAGUAGAUCUUUAUUAGUAAUUGAUGCAGAAACCACUGAGAUAAAUGGUCUUGAAAAUAAAUUUAUAAUUUAUACUCUGUCGGAAUGGCGGGAUGUCGGAACAGUUCAAACAUUCCGUUCCCGCGCCGUGUGAGAACAGGAGGAGGGGAGGGGGGAGGAGCAAACAUAUAAAAGCACUCGCAUAGCAGCCUUCUAAACCAUUUCUCUGCUGCUGUCUCUGCUGCUGUUUGUGAUAUACUCUCUCUCUCUCUCUCUUGUUUCGAGUUUGCCUUCUAAACCAUUUCUCUGCUGCUGUUUGUGAUAUACUCUCUCUCUCUCUCUCUCUUGUUUUGAGUUUGAUGAUGCCAAACCACAAGACGUUCUCUGUCCAGGAGGUUUUGGAUCAGGUUUUUAGUGAAGAGGUAGACAUAGAGGAAAAUGUGUCUGAAAUCGAAGACAAUGUUGUGGAAGACCCUGAUUAUGGGGCAUCGUCCUCUGAUGAGGAUGAGACCCUUGAUGCUGAAGUUCCUGUCAACACUGGAACACCAGCAGACAUUUUCCUGUCCAAAAAUGGAAAGUUGUCGUGGUCCCCUGCCCCACGUCAACGGCAGGGUAGACUUAGCGCUGGUAAUGUCAUCAAAAUGGUUCCAGGCCCAACCCGAUAUGCGAUUAGCCGUGUCCAAGACAUAAAAUCUGCAUUUGAGCUCCUCAUGACACCAUCAAUUGAGAACCAUGUACUCUUGAUGACCAAUUUAGAGGGGAGUCGUGUGUUUGGGGACAGUUGGAAGCCGAUCGAUGCAAUUGACUUGCAGGCAUACAUCGGGUUGCUCAUUUUGGGGGGCGUGUACAAGUCCAAAGGCGAGGCAGCAGAAAGCCUGUGGAAUAAAGAGACUGGAAGGGCCAUCUUCCCAGCCACCAUGUCUCUGAAGAAAUUCCAUAUUAUGUCUCGUGUCCUACGGUUCGAUGACAGAGAGAAAAGACAGGGCCGGAGAGAACAUGACAAGCUGGCAGCUAUCCGGGAUGUAUGGGACAAGUGGGUUCAGCAACUGCCAUUGCUUUACAACCCAGGCCCCCAUGUGACUGUGGAUGAAUGUCUGGUGGCGUUUCGUGGCCGCUGUCCAUUUAGACAGUACAUCCCGAGUAAACCAGCCAAAUACGGCAUUAAAAUAUGGGCAGCAUGUGAUGCCCAGUCGAGCUAUGCCUGGAAUAUGCAGGUCUACACCGGCAAAGCCCCUGGGGAAGCACCUGAAAAAAAUCAGGGCAUGAGGGUUGUCCUGGACAUGGCUGAGGGACUGGAGGGGCACAAUAUAACGUGCGACAACUUCUUCACCUCCUAUGCCCUUGGUGAAGAACUCGCAAAGCGGAAAGUCACCAUGCUGGGGACAGUCCGCAAGAACAAGCCAGAGCUUCCCUCUGAGCUUGUUGCAAUCAAGAACAGACAGGCUACAUCCUCAGUGUUUGCCUUCACUGAGAACGCCACAGCUGUUUCGUAUUGCCCCAAGAAAGGGAAGAACGUUGUGCUCAUGAGUACGAUGCACAAGGAUGCCCAGCUCAGCACCAGGGAGGACAAGAAGCCACAAAUGGUGUUGGACUACAAUGCCACAAAGGGUGGUGUUGACAACCUGGAUAAAGUCACAGGCACGUACAGCUGCCGACGCAUGACUGCACGAUGGCCCCUUGUUGUAUUCUUCAACAUCAUCGAUGUGAGUGCCUACAACGCUUUUGUGCUUUGGAGGGAGAUCAGUGAAGGCUGGAACAGCGAAAAGCUGUACCGGAGGAGGCUGUUCCUGGAACAGCUGGGGUACGCGCUGGUGCAACCCCAAAUUGCACGAAGAGUUGUCCUACCAAGAGCCUCAGCGGCUGCUGUGGUGAUAGUGGAGGAUGUUCAGAGGGAGGCACACACCUCCAAUCCUCCAGUGGCCAGAGGGCAAAAACGAGGCAGGUGCCAGAUCUGUUCCACUAGGAACGAUAACAAGACAACUAAUACAUGUGGGGGAUGUGGCAAAUACAUCUGCAAGGAGCACAUCCGUUGUGGAUCAUGUGCCCAGUAGUGCUUUACCCUUUCUUGGAGAGUGGGGGAUGAAUAUUGCCAUUUUUCAUUUGUUUUACAUUUCUUGAGAGAGGUAGACUCUAGGCUACUUUUUGCAGUCUGUGAAAAAAUAGGAGUGGCAGACUUUUACAGUAUUUUAGUUUUUUUGAAAUAAGACAAUAUUUUUGGUAAAUAGCCUACUGUCUUGUUAUUUUUUUCUUCAAAUAUGGACACUCCAAAUGGCCGGCCAAUGGUCAGAUAUUUGUUGUUGUUGAAAAAAAACAAAACAAAACAAAAAAAAAUACAAAAUAUAAAGAGUAAUAAAAAAACUUCCCCCAUUGAGGAUUGCCACCUUAUCCUGGUCAGAGGGUUUGUGCUUGACCCUUUCUUGGAGAGUGAGACGAAUAUUGUUAUUUUCAAAUGGACACUCCAAAUGGCCAACGGUCAGAUAUUUGUUGUUGUU